AUUUUCAUAUCUAGCAUAAGGGUUAGAAAACUUACCGAAGAAAAGCAAUGUCCAUGGCGGGAACGGAAAGGGAUCAUCCACAGAAGCAACUCUUGAGCCUCAUCCGCAAUUUUGCCUCCGAGAAAUCUCAAGGAGAACGAAGGGUAGUUACUCUGAGAAAGCAAAUCGAGAAGCUCACUUCUGAUUUGAGCGUUGUUAACGUGGAGCUUGAAGAUGCUAAGCGAUGCAAAGAACUCACUGAGCAGGAGAUUAUAGGUUUUGAAGUUCAAUUUUCCAUGAGUGAAGCUUCAGCUCAAACGCUCGAGGCAAGGAUAUCUCGAAUUCAAUAUGAAAUCUCUGCUCUGAGAUCUGAAGUGGAAACUCUCAAGAUGGAAGAAGCAGCUUUACGUGAGCAAUUCAUCCACAGCAUGCUUGAUCUGAAUGCCAAGAUAAGGAGAUUUCAUGAGAGCAUCAUUAAUUGUGAUAUUGAAGCAGUAGAUUGUGAAGCUUAUACAGAUGCACCACAAGUGAAUAUGAAAGAGAAUGAGAAUGAUGAUGAAAUUGUUGCUCUUGAAAGUAUGCUUUCGGAUAUACUAUCUCAAACAACUAAAGAGGAUGAGGAAUACCGAGCAGAAAUCGAAACUCAUGAGAAAGUAAGUUGAGAAUCACCUGUUGGAAAAUCCAGGUUCCUUCCUUAUCAAUAUCAUGUCUUUAUUUACUGCUAUUUCACGGUUUCUUAAGGU